CUGCAAGGAGAUAACUAACCACUCUGUUUGAGAAAAUGGCUAUGGAGACAGAAUACCUCAACCAGACUAUGGUGAGCUAUUUCUGCCUGGGGGGCCUGACGUACACAGCUGAACAUCCUACCCUCUUCUUCCUCCUCUUGCUCCUUAUCUACAGCAUCACCAUGACUGGGAAUCUCCUCAUUCUCUUAACUGUGGGCUCUGAUCCUCAUCUCUGCUCCCCCAUGUACCACUUCCUUGGGCACCUUUCCUUCCUGGAUGCAUGUUUGUCUACAGUGACAGUGCCCAAGGUAAUGGCAGGUCUCCUGACUCUGGAUGGAAGGGUGAUUUCCUUUGAGGGCUGUGCUGUUCAACUUUACUGCUUCCACUUCCUGGGCAGUACUGAGUGCUUCCUGUACACUGUCAUGGCCUAUGACCGUUACCUGGCUAUCUGUCAACCCCUGCAAUACCCAGUGACCAUGAAUAGGCAAAUGUGUGCAGGGCUGGCUGGGAUCACCUGGGCUAUAGGUGCUGUUCACUCUGCAAUCCAUACCUCCCUCACCUUCCGCCUGCUCUACUGUGGACCUCACCACAUUGCCUACUUCUUCUGUGACAUUCCCCCUGUGCUGAAGCUAGCCUGUGCAGACACCACCAUCAAUGAGAUUGUCAUCCUUGCCAACAUUGGCAUUGUGGGUGCAGGCUGUCUGGUCCUAAUCGUCAUAUCCUACGUCUUUAUUGUGGCCGCUGUGCUGGAGAUCCGCACAGCUAAGGGGCGGCAGCGUGCUUUCUCCACGUGCACUGCACACCUCACAGUGGUACUCUUGUACUACAUGCCACCUGUGUGUAUCUACCUGCAGCCUCGCUCCAGUGGGGCAGGAGCUGGGGCCCCUGCUGUCUUCAACACAAUGGUCACUCCAAUGCUCAACCCUUUCAUUUACACUCUGCGGAACAAGGAGGUGAAGCGCGCUCUGAGAAGGCUUCUGUGCCAAGGCUUCCUGGAGUCUCCACCCAGCAGCCCAGCCCCCUAG